AUUAAGUCAACUCGUUUGAUAUACAUAAAAUAAAUUCUAUGGAACCUUGCUUCACAUGUUCAAUCCUUUGAUCUAUUUUCACAUUGUUAUAUAAGAAAAUCAACGAAUACACUCUCAAGAAUCCAAGGUCCUGAUCUUGUAGCUUCCCAAGUUUCUAAUUAACUAGCCAUAUAUUCCAUUUUAGUGUAACAUUAGUUAAUCAUGGUGCAAGAGAAGAAGCUGGUGGAGGACGUGUACGGUUGGCUUAGAAUCUAUGACGAUGGUUCGGUAGACCGGACAUGGCGUGGACCACCUGAGGCCAAAUUCAUGAUUGACCCUGUUGCUCCCCAUGAACAAUUCAUCGAAGGAGUUGCCACUCGUGAUGUGACAACCGCCAUGAUCACCACCAAUGAAGGUUCCAUUCAUUGCGCCCGGCUAUAUCUACCGGAGAAAACAACCAAGGACAAUAAAAAACUGCCCAUAGUCAUACACUUUCACGGUGGCGGUUUUUGCAUUACAGAAGCAAAUUCGUACAUGUAUUACCAUGUCUACACUAAAUUUGUUCGUUGCACUCGGUCUAUUUGUGUCUCACCUUUCCUCCGACAAGCACCAGAGCAUCGUCUUCCUGCUGCUAUUGACGAUGGGCUUGCAACGCUUCAGUGGCUUCAAUUAGUUGCCAAAGGAGAAGCCUGUGACCCAUGGCUUGAGGAACAUGGCGACUUCAACAAAGUUUUCCUCAUAGGAGAUAGCACGGGAGGAAACUUGGUCCACGAAGUAGCAGCUAGAGUCGGUUCGGUAGAUCUGAGCCCAGUUCGACUCGUCGGAGGAAUUCUAAUUCAUCCUGGAUUUGUCAGGUCUGUUCGAAGCCGGUCCGAAAUUGAAUUGCCACAAUCACCAUUUCAAACAUUGGAAAUGUUGGACAAAUUGUUGAAUUUGGCACUACCAAUUGGAAGCAACAAGGACCACCCCUUCACAUGCCCAAUGGGCGUGGCCGCGCCACCCCUGGACGGCCUAAAACUGCCGUCAUUUCUUCUAUGCAUAGCUGAAAAAGACUUGAUGAGGGAUACAGAAAUGGAGUACUAUGAAGCCAUGAAGAAGGCCAAUAAAGAAAUAGAUUUGUUUGUGAGUGAGGGAAUGACACAUGCUUUCUAUCUCAACAAGAUUGCUGUGGAUAUGGACCCUAAUGUUAGUGCUCAAAUGGAUGCACUCAUUGAGAGGGUCAAAGAAUUCAUCGAGAAGCAUUAAAUUUUAAAAAUGUCUUGUGUAAGGUGUGUAUUAUGGAUAUACAAGAGUUUAUUUUCUUUCUUUUAAUAAGAAUGUGUUGUAACAUAUUUUAUUUUAAUAAUAAAU